AUGCCCAAGCUGACAAAUGAUGUGCCGGAUGACGCGCAGAGAAAAAAAGGUGUGGCGGAUGAGGAGCUUGCGAAGAAAGAGGCUGAGAGAGCCAGGAAGCGGGAAUUGGAGGAGCGCGACGAAGAGCUCAUCAGGCAGACAGAGGCGAAACGUCUCCUGAAGACGGCUACGGAAGUCGACGCAGGUCCUUCAGCCCCGAAAGCGAUGAUGAUCGCUCUGUAUCCCGGAGGUCUGCAAGAAGUCGGCAAACGCAAUCGCCGCCUCGCCGCCGCCAACGGUCUCUUUCCAGAGACAGCCGCUCUCCUCCUGUCAACAGUGCCAGGAGAUAUCGCGAGAGAGGAGACGAUUACGCAAGACCCGCGGCCAGACAAAAUCAGGCACCCCAGCGUUCUCGUGAAUCUCCUGGCUCCCGAGAGUCUUCAGUAUCGCGUGAUGGUGGUGUUCGUGGCAAUCGACGGUCUUUGUCCUCAUCUCCUGACCGACGGGGCCCAAGAUUUGACAAUCGUUCAAACCGAAGCGGCGAGAGAAAUUUUAGAGGCGCGUCAACUGGCCGAUUUGGACGAGGCGGCAGGAACGACAGGCAAGAAAGACAACCGGAGCAGAGACAACCCCAACGCGAACGCAGUCUCAGUCCAUUCAGCAAGAGACUGGCCCUGA